AUGUCUAACACCAACUGGGAGGCCGAUAAAAUGUUAGACGCAUAUAUACAUGACUACUUUGUGAAAAGGAAUCUGCAUGCUACAGCAAGGGCAUUUCAAGCUGAAACCAGAGUUCCAACGGAUCCUGUUGCUAUCAAUGCUCCUGGAGGUUUUUUGACGGAAUGGUGGUCUUUCUUUUGGGAUACGUACGUUGCCAGAGCUAAUAAGAGACAACAUGAGUUAGCUGCAUCUCACCUUCAGGGCCUUGAUCAACAAACUACUCUCCCUAUUGUUGAUCCUCCAUUGCAAUACAAUUCUCCUGUGCCUUCUGUUGGGGACAUGGAUGCACUGUUAAUGGGCCUUCAUCAACAAACUGCUCUUCCUAUUGUUGAUCCUCCAUUGCAAUACAAUUCUCCUGUGCCUUCUGUUGGGGACAUGGAUGCACUGUUAAUGGGCCUUCAUCAACAAACUGCUCUUCCUAUUGUUGAUCCUCCAUUGCAAUACAAUUCUCCUGUGCCUUCUGUUGGGGACAUGGAUGUACUGUUAAUGGGCCUUCAUCAACAAACUGCUCUUCCUAUUGUUGAUCCUCCAUUGCAAUACAAUUCUCCUGUGCCUUCUGUUGGGGACAUGGAUGCACUGUUAAUGGGCCUUCAUCAACAAACUGCUCUCCCUAUUGUUGAUCCUCCAUCGCAAUACAAUUCUCCUGUGCCUUCUGUUGGGGACAUGGAUGCACUGUUAAUGCAACAGCUGCUGAUUAGCAACCAGCAGCAGGAACUAUGCCCGCAGAACUCACCUAUAAGGCAGGAAUCUAUGAACCAAUAUGAUCUCAUGCAGCAAGAAAAGCUUGUUACCAGUGGAUAUAUGGCUGCAGAUAUGAGCUAUUUUAAUGCCAUGGUGGGUAGUGAUCAGGCUGCAGAACAUGAAAUUGGGCCAACGAGAGAGCAGCCUUUGCCUGUUGUAAGUCCUACCAUUAACUUGGAUACUGCAGAUACUCCGGGACCAUCUUCCAGUUCUGUGUCAACUCCCCCUGCUCACCUACUUCGGCAUGCAACUCCUACCCCCUCAAUGUCUUCGCCGGCAUUUUCUGCUGAUGCUCCAGAUCCACUAAAGUUACCAACCACGGAGUUGGCUGACAGGGAUCGUUUUCCGGAUGAUGGAUCUUCAAAGGACAGCUCAGGGUCGCCCUUACCACGUGAAGAUGUGAUUACCAGUAGUGGAGUGAGAUUGGAUGAUCAUGGAAAGGGCAGCAAAGGUUUCUCUGUCAAGGAGAUCUACCUUCUUCCUCCUGGCCAAAGCAAAGUUGAAUGCUGUGAUUUCUCUUCCGGUGGAAAGUUCUUGGUAACUGGUGGACGUGAUAAAAAGGCAACUCUGUGGUCAACUCGAUCAUUUUCAAUGAUGUCCAAAAUGGGAGAACACUCUAAGCGUGUUACCGAUGUCCGGUUCUGCCCGAGCUUGCCUAGGCUCGCUACUUGCUCGGCUGACAAGACAGUCCGGAUCUGGAACGUUAUUGAUCUGCGCUGUUCACUUCAAACUUUCACAGGUCAUUUAAGCCCUGUUAUGUCACUUGACUUUCACCCCCAUAAAGGUGAUCUUAUCUGCUCCUCUGAUCGGGAUAACGAGAUACGGUACUGGAGCAUUAACAGUGGCCAUUGCUCCGGUGUUCUUAAGGGUGGUGCAAAUCAUAUGAGGUUUCAGCCCCGGGUUGGUAGGUUUUUAGCAGCUGCUGCGGAGGAUUUUGUAUCCUUACUCGACGUGGAGACUAAAGUCUGCAGACAAAAGUUACAGGGUCAUCAGAGUGAAAUACAUAAACUGUGCUGGGAUUCUACGGGUGAACUUCUGGCAUCAGUGAGUGAUGACUUGGUCCAGGUUUGGGCAGUCGGUUCCGAUGUCAAAGGGCAGUUAGUUCAUGAGUGGCAUAGCAGUGGGAAGAAGUUCCGCUCCUGUGUUUUCCACCCCCGACAGCCUUCGGUACUUAUGAUCGGCUCUUAUCAGACUCUAGAGCUCUGGGACAUGAAAGAGGACCAGAAGACGUCACUCCUUGCACACGAGAACUUGAUAUCAUGCUUGGCAGCAUCAAACAUCGACGGCUUCAUAGCUUCGGCGAGCUACGACAAGUGCGUCAAGAUCUGGAAUUAGCCUAUGUGAUUCUUCCGAAUUUUUGAUGGAGAUGCACGA